CCCCCCCCGGCCGUGCGCCGCCGCCGCCGGCCCCGCCGCCGCCCGCCGCCAAGCUCCGAGCAGUUCUGGUCUUGCCGACUCCGUCUCUGCCAUUUUAGCUCCAACCGGACAUGGGGAUGAGCCUGAUGAAGCUUCGGAGGCUCCCACCAAGAAAGCAGCCCACACAAGGAAGAUGGCAAGGGAUUGUAGUCUGACCAGCGCAACUGGUGGGCUGCCAGCAGGGGGGCGAUGAAGCUGAAUGAGCGAAGCGUGGCGCACUAUGCCACCUGCGACUCACCUGCUGACCACACUGGCUUCCUCCGCAAGCGUGUGGAACGGCACCACCACCAUGCCCACCACACCACCUCUUACCAGCGCCGCUGGUUUGUCCUCAAGGGAAACCUCCUCUUCUACUUUGAGGAACGGGAAAGCCGGGAGCCCAUGGGCCUGGUGGUGCUGGAGGGCUGCACCGUGGAGCUGUGUGAGGCUGCUGAGGAGUUCGCCUUUGCCAUCCGCUUUGAUGAUGCGGGUGCCAAGGCCUACGUGCUGGUGGCUGACGGGCAGGCUGCCAUGGAGGCCUGGGUGAAGGCACUUUCACGGGCCAGUUUUGAUUACAUGCGGCUGGUGGUGAGGGAGCUAGAGAAGCAGCUGGAGGAGGCCUGCAAGAGCUUGGCUGCUUGCCGCAAGUCACCCAGGCGGUCAUCCUCAGGCAGGAAGAGGCACCUCUCCAAUCCUGCCUUGCUGCCCGUCCAGGAGAAGCCCACCGUUUUGGAGAACGGUUACUGCACGUGGGGUAGUGGCGGUGUCCCUGGGGGGACCUCCUGUCCCGACCACGAUGGGGGUUAUUCAAAGCCCCCGCCUCUUCCUCCGCGCCGGCGCUCGGCCGCCAGCAGCACAGCGGGGUCCCCCAUGGCCAGCCUCUCGCUGGCUUUGCAGGAGAGCCCGGUGUCUCCGGAGACGGCCUGCUUUUCAAAGCUACACAACUGGUACGGGCAGGAGAUUGCGGUGCUGAGACGGGAAUGGCUGGAGAGGCAGCAGAGGGGGAACCUGUGACAUGGGGUGUGGAGACAGAGGGCACAAGACCCCCCCAUCAAGAUGACUUCUAGCAGAGCUGUUGCUACUUCUGGCUGCUGUCCUGUGCAAGAAAAGAGAAGCGAGGGACUUGGUUUGCCCUCUUCCCUUUUUGGUGGCUGAACGUGUGUGUGUGUGUGUGUGUGACUGUGUAUGCUUCACAGGGCAUGCAGGAGGGACCUGUGUCUUCCCUGGACCUCAUUUUUUUUUUCACUGUGUUUCCAUGAGGCUUUAUAUAGCUGGAGAGUGUGUAGUCCAGGAGAGUUGACUUUGAACUCUCGACUGGUGAUAGGAGGUGUGAAAGAGACCCAAACUGGCACAUACAGAAUAGGCCUCAUCCUGUUUCCACUCAGAUGGCUUGUCUUGAUCCAUGCCAUCCUGGGAUGGUGGAUGCUUUGGGUGUUUCAUCAUCAGCCUCUCCUUCACCAGUUCCUUUGGUUUUGUUUUUCAGUGUGAACGUUUGCGCCAGUCAGCAUUUAUUAGUGUCUGUGGUAUUGUGCUGAAGUUCUGCGAGUUUUUUUUUUUUUUUUUUUUUUUUUUCAGUGUAGAUAAGACUGGGUUCUUACAAAAUGCCUCCAGUGGGCUGUUGGCCCUAAAUGGUACCUACAGCUUUGUGCCUCUUCUGCCACAAACAGGCCUUACAAGGACGUAUUUAAGAUACCGUGGUUUUGGCUGGUCCAGGAGCUGUGGUUCACCUUGAUAGGUCCCUGCUUGGAUUUGACCUAGUGGCUGGCACAAACUCUGUUUCUUGGGUCUGCCUGUGAUAAUUGGCUCAAGUUUAAGACUGUAGCCUUUCAGCUUUCAAAAUUUGUAUCAGUAAUGUGUUGCAGCAUGCACUGGCUGGCCCUGGACUUGCAGCUGCGUGACAGUGUCAAGCCCGGAUGUGUGGGACUCGGUAACAGGAUACUUGGAUGCAGGAUACUGGGUGCAGGAACCUCUUCUUACGCUGUAUUAGUAACUUCCUUAGCAGGGUGGAGAAACAGGGCUGUGUACCAAACUAGAGCGCUGCCAUAUCUACAAACCUCAUUUUUAUUUACUUUCCUCCUCCCUGCUAAAUCCCUGCACUAAUCUUCCUCCCUGCUAAAUCCCUCAGGGUGUCUUGGGUGGAUUUCACAAGCUUGUGUAGGCUCCUUUGGGCACACAAGCUCAGUAGCAAGGCUUGUGGGGAAGAGAAAGGGAAAUGCUGGGCUUGGUCUAAACCAAAAGCUGGCGUCAGGAGCUCCCCAAGUCUGAUUCGGGCUCUGACUAUCUAGCAGUAUCCAGGCCUGUUAAUUUCUCUGGCUCAACUCUUUCCUGUUAAUAAAACAGGAAUGAUAAAGCCUGUCUGCCUUCCCAGGGAUGAAUUAUUAACCUCUGUACAGACCACAGCUCCUAGAAAGUGUCAUAUAUGGUACAGCCUGCUUGUUGGAGUCUGUCAACUCCAGAAUCACUGGAGACAGUAUCCAGAACUCUUGCAGAACUUCUUUUGCUAAGCUCUCCAGAGCACCUGGCAGACCCAAGCAGUUGGAGGAAAGAAAAGAUAUGACCAGGCUCCAGAGAAGCAGGGAGGAGAAGAGUUGGCCCCAAAGAGAACUGAAGGUGUGAGUUGUAAAUUAUUCCCUGCUACCUGAGUGUCAACUGAGUUUGAACUUGUCUUGAACAUAAAAGCCAUAAUGUUUCCUUCCGCCAAAGCCAGAACCUGACCCACUGGGGCUUCCCUCCAAUUUUGUAUCAACAUCACUCAGCUAAUCUCAGUAGCUUUUCCUGUUUUAGCAGAUGAGAAGCACUAUGGUAAGCUAAGCCUGUUGUCUUUAUAUAGAAAUGGACUUGUGAAUAACUAGUAGGUCAGAGACUGGCUAAAAAGCAGUCAGGUUUAGAGGCUAUAAGGCUUGGUUUUUAGAACAGAAUACGUGAAACAAUCUUGUGUCUCUCAUCUUCCCCAACAGUGGUAAUCUUGUCUGUAUUGCCCUGUUCUGUUGAGGAAUCUUGCUAGAAAAGCAACAAGCCGUUCCAAGUCAUGCCUGGUGGGUAUCUAUUCACUCUUCUGGAGUUAAAUACACUCACCUUAACACUUUGCAGUAGCCAACAGACAUUGUCAAAGGCAGAAAUCAAACGAUUGCCAUUAACACUUGGUGUCUUUGAAAAUAUCUCUCUGGUAGCUUUGGAUAAAAAGUUUCCUGUCUGAUUAUGACUUGAUGGUAUAUUAUUAGAGGAAAUCAGAUCUUAAAAAAAUAACUUCAGGCAGUGGGAGUGUAACCUUCACGUAUGAAUAAUGCAAUUCAGUCAUCUCUAGUUAUGUCUGUAUUUCUUCAUAGUAGCAAUCUUCAGGUUUUUGUUUGUUUCUUAAGUGAACAAAGUAAGGAGCAGGUGGGUGUUUGUGGCUCCAGAUGCCCAUGUGCGUGUGAGCACGGGCAGAGCAAGCGUUGGCACUGCCUGUUUCCAGCUGUUUCACGCUCCUAUGUUCAGUGGCAGUAGCUGCACUGGGUCUGACACAACCCCGGGCCUGUGCCCAGGCUCCUUCAGCAGCCCGCUUGGCUGAACUUACGGGCCACCGCCACCUCCUUAGCUGCCGCUUGAACAGUUCAACCCUGAUGGGAAAUUGCCCCCUUCCCCAUGAAAGCUCAGCAGCACCAGGGGGUGACAGGCAUUUUCUGGUGCCUUGUCAUUCUGACUGAGGACAUGCUGGGGCCGUGGUCGGAUUUGGUGAGGAUUUGUUUUUGUUUUUGGGGUUUUUUUAUACAUAAUAGGAAGACAAGAAUAUUCCUGACAUCUCAAACCUAUAGAAGGCAGUGUGACAGUGAGGAUUUAACUUCCAAAAUAAAUCAAAAUAUAAUGGCAAUUCCUACAUGAGAACCAGGAAUCAGGAGUGACUUAAGAGAGAUAAUAAAUUAACAAAGCCAGUUCUGUCAGACUAGAAUUGAAACAGUAUUAUUCAUUUAAGGGCAGUUUCAUUUUUAAGGAGCUUAGUUUGUUUCAAUAAGCCACGAUAGCACUAGUAACACUGCUAAAGAGCUUAUAUUUAAUGUUUUAAUCUGUCCGAUUCAAAUUACACAAUUUCCACGCUACAUGUCUUUGCAUUAGUACAUGCUCCAGCUGAAUCCUAAAUCCUGCAAAUGAGGAGCUGCAGUCCACUUUCUGUCUGAUUGCGUUUUAAGUAAUUUUGUAUUUUGCUCUGCAGCGAUGAGAAGAAAAUGGCUGAAUAUUUAACAAUAUUCCUGCCUUGCCUAGCAGUCUAUGCCUGGGCAUUUGCUAGAUCUUGAAAGUGCUCUAUGACUUCCAGCGUGCUUGCUUAGGGCUUUCUCGCCAUUCCUGGCUAACCCAUUCCAUAGCAGGGACUGCCCUUUUUGAGUAAAAAGAAUCAUUAUUCGAGCUGUGCCAAAAUUUGUAUGUGUUUGCAUGCACAUGGACAUGCAUAGCAGUUAAUGUUGUUCACUGAACACUGUCACUUCGUUAGGUUCAUUAGGCAGGAACCAAGUAGCUGGUGGUGCUCCAUCACCUUCUUUGAGACAGAAUGUAUCAAAUCAGCUCAUCUGUGAUCAGUUAUGCUGGCUGUGAAACAACUCUUUGAAGCAGCCCCCACGCAAAAGGUCAGGAUUUCUGUUUCCUGAGACUGUACAUUCAUCUUGCUAAUGGACUGUCCUCUCUCUGUGUGUGCAGGCCCGGAUCAUUACAGGAAAAGGAGAGAAUUUUCCCUGCUUGCUAGCCCAUUAUCCCUUAUAGCAAAAUGAGACUUAUUGCCACUGUAUGUUUUUCUCCAGUCACUCGGGUUUGGCCUGCUCUACCUCCUGCCUUCUCUUUCUGUUAUUAUUUUUUUUAAAUGGAGAAUCUCUAGCCAGUGCAAAGCAUGAUCCCUAGCAAAAGGGAAACUGAAUACUUUGAAGCUGAAGGGCUAUUUUUCUCAAAGUACUGAAGUCACUUUCUUUUCUAGCAAUUCUCUUUAGAAUGAUAUGCAGAAGUGAUGAGAGAGAAAUGCUUGAACCAGAAUGCUUGAAUUUAAAAUAACCUGAAGACCUAAAAAGGAAGGGAGAUGCUGACAUUUUUUUUUUUUUUUUUUGUAAGCUUUGCCAAUAGGGCUCCCAAUCCUGCUAAAAAAUGAUGAAAUACUUGUACUGUUCUGAGGAAGGGAUUUCAAAUUCAGGCCCAUAAUGUAUUAAUUUAUGCACACUUCUCUUUUCAUAAAACAACCACUGUGAUGUUUUCCAUUUGAUCUGAAUCCAGAUCCUAGUGGUAUGAGUAACCUAAAAAUUCUACCAGUGGCUAUCUGCUAGCCAUUCGUUGGACAUUCAAGAUUAAGAUUGGAGAAACACUUGCUAUUGCAAUAGUUACUGCAUGAACAGGUAGGGGGGACUGUAGUCCCCAAACUCACCCCUCUCAGCUACUUUUGAGGAGAAACUUAAAAGAAACAAAACCCACUGAAAUACACUGAGAUCUUUGUGGAGUUCAAGUUUCAGUGGCAUUGUUCACCAGCAUCAAAUGUACUUUAAAGCCUGCACAAUUAACAGGUGACACUACAUGCAACUUGCAGAAACACUCCCUUGUUUUGAAGUGCUUAUAUUAAGUAGAUAACGUGUUAUCUUUUUAAAGGGCAACUUUGCAUGUGCCUGUCUUUUACAUGCGGGAAAAAAAGUGUGUAUUAUGCAUUUCAAUACAUUGUUAACAUUUGUAUUUUAUGCUAGUAAGCUGAAUAAACCAUUUUUAUUUGUAAGCCAUCUGUUACUAAACAGGUAACACCCAAGAAAACGUUUCCCACGGCCUUGUGGCUCUCGCCGUCCAAGUUUUUAAGAGCUCCGUCUUCUCUGGUUGCAUAUUCAUGGUGAGCACUUUGCGUGGAAAAAAACUAAAGAGACCUCAACCUC